CCGGCGCGCCUAUUGGCCGGGCGGCUGCGGGUAGAGCAGCGCGGGCGACUCCGGCGCGCGUGCGCGGGGCGGGGCGCGGCGGGGGCGGCGCUUUGUGUGCAGCAGUGAGCCGGGGUCUGCGGGGCGCGGGCCGCGGCGGGCGGCGGCAUGGAGGAGCUGAGCAGCGUGGGCGAGCAGGUCUUCGCCGCCGAGUGCAUCCUGAGCAAGCGGCUCCGCAAGGGCAAGCUGGAGUACCUGGUCAAGUGGCGCGGCUGGUCCUCCAAACACAACAGCUGGGAGCCAGAAGAGAACAUUUUGGACCCGAGGCUGCUCCUAGCCUUCCAGAAGAAGGAACAUGAGAAGGAGGUACAGAACCGGAAGAGAGGCAAGAGGCCCAGAGGCAGACCGAGGAAGCACACGGUCAUGUCCUCCUGCAGCCGGCGCUCCAAGCUCAAGGAACCAGAUGCACCGUCCAAGUCCAAAUCCAGCAGUUCAUCCUCUUCCUCCACAUCUUCCUCCUCUUCCUCAGAUGAAGACGACGACGACAGCGACCUAGACUCCAAGAGGGGCCCCCGGGGCCGUGAAACCCACCCAGUGCCUCAGAAAAAAGCCCAGAUCCUGGUAGCCAAGCCAGAGCUGAAGGAUCCCAUUCGAAAGAAACGGGGACGCAAGCCUCUACCCCCAGAACAGAAGGCGGCUCGGAGACCUGUCAGCCUGGCCAAGGUGCUAAAGACCACCAGGAAGGAUCUGGGGACCUCAGCCGCCAAGCUGCCCCCUCCACUCAGCGCUCCUGUGGCAGGCUUGGCUGCCCUGAAGGCCCACACCAAAGAGGCCUGUGGUGGCCCCAGCACUACGGCGACCCCAGAGAGCCUGGCCAGUCUGAUGAAAGGCAUGGCCGGGAGCCCCAGCAGAGGCGGCAUCUGGCAGAGCUCCAUCGUACACUACAUGAACCGCAUGAGCCAGAGUCAGGUUCAGGCUGCCAGCCGACUGGCACUCAAGGCCCAGGCCACCAACAAGUGCGGUCUCGGGCUAGACCUGAAAGUGAGGACACAGAAGGGGGAGCUAGGGGUGAGCCCCGCAGGAGGCAAGGUCCCGAAGGCCCCCGGCGGUGGAGCUGCAGAGCAGCAGAGAGGGAACCAUUCGGGGAGCCCGGGUUCGCAGCUGGCACCCACUCAGGAAUUGAGCCUUCAGGUCCUUGACUUGCAGGGCGUCAAGAAUGGUGGGCCUGGUGUGGGCCUGCUCACUCGCCAUGCCCCAGCCAAGGCUAUUCCUGCUACCAACCCAGCCGCAGGGAAAGGUCCUGGGAGUGGCCCCACAGGAGCAAACAUGACCAACGCUCCCACAGACACCAACAAAGGGGAAAAACUGGCUUGCAAGGCAACAGCUCUGCCUGCCCCUUCCGUCAAGAGGGACACCAUUAAAAGCGUUGCUGCCUCCGUUGGGCAGGAGGGCCACACAGCCCCGGGAGAAGGCCGAAAGCCACCUGCACUGUCUGAGCUGAGCACGGGUGAGGAGAAUAGUAGCUCUGACUCAGACCCUGACUCGACCUCGCUUCCCAGUGCUGCGCAGAACCUGUCCGUAGCUAUCCAGACCAGCCAGGACUGGAAACCUACCCGAAGUCUCAUCGAGCAUGUCUUUGUCACGGAUGUCACAGCCAACCUCAUCACUGUCACCGUGAAGGAGUCGCCCACCAGCGUGGGCUUCUUCAACUUGAGGCAUUAUUGAGACCAUUGCCCAAGCCAGACCUGCCUUCCAGUCUCUGGUUUUGCUUUGAUGCCUGACCUGGAGGCCAACUCUGCCCUGUCCUGAGACUCAAGGCUGGGAAAUGGCUUCCUGCUGAUUCUACCUCUCUGGGCCUCCACUUCAGUCUGUCCUGUCACCUCAGGAAAGCCGGGUGGCCACUGACUUAAAAGCUACCUGCUUGGACAUAGCAUCCUUUCUACGCAUCCCUCAACCUAGUGAGACCCUCCCCUCCCUGCCCAACUGCUGCAAGGUGGAUCAGGGGAGGGGCCGCUGAGGAGAAGGGUGGGGCUGGUAGGGGCUUCUCCGAAGUCCAGCCACAGCGGGGCCUUUCCGGUGAGGGAGACACGCUAUGCUUUGCAAGUAAGGCUAUAGCUUCAUUUUUUAAAAGGUUAAUCAGUUGUGUGGCUGGGCUCAGGGACCCUGCGGAACUCUUCAGUCUCCAUCCCUGGUGUGGUGUCCCCUCUAGCUGCGAUUGUAGUCCCAAAGCCCAGCCAGGGUUUAGAGUCCUGGCACUAAGGUGUACCUGGGUGCUACUGGACUUGGGAACAGAGAGAGCCAUGUCCUUAUUGCCUCCUUUCAGCAGGCCCAAGCCCCAGUGAGAAGUGACCCUGUUCCCCUCUGGAUCCAGACCCAUACCCCUGCUUUGGCCCACUAAAUUGUGCCCUAGUUCUGAGGUCCGACAUUCCUGGGCUUGGGGAAGGAGCAGGCUAGACACCCAGAGCACGCUGAGGUAGGCACUUGGGGUCCUGGGCAAGCAAUCUUCCCUCAUGUUGGACUUUUAUUACUAGGACCCCAUAAGUCACCGUGGUGGCACCAGUGUGGGAAUACAGGUGUUUCGUGGGGGCCUGUCACCCUGCUGCCUGUCUUGACAUCUCUAGACUACUGUGGAAGCAUUUUCUGUAGUCAGUCUUGGUGCAGAGCCCCGCCCGGUGAGUGGGCCACUCUUGUGUCCCAUAUUCCCUGACAAUCCUCUCCCACAUUUGGGAGCUUGUGUUUCCUCCCUCGCUGAGAAGCAAUAGCCCUAUGCCAUUUGUGUGGUGGGGUCAUGUGGCAGCCCACUUGGCAGGGGGCCCCAAUUCCUUCCCCAUCCUAGGGGAUAAGUCUAGUGCUGAGCCCCUUUCUAAAUGCCUUCUCCCCUGUCCCCCAUCCCGGGUAACUGUCUUGAAACUACCUUGUCAGAUUGCUGGCCGAUGACAGGAUUUUCUGUCCGGGGAUAUCACCGUGGGCCAUGACAAUCUGGUCAGUGAGUCUGUGAUGCCAAAAAGUAGGGGUGGUAUGAAACCCUGGUCUCUGCUCCUGCCAUUGACUGGUCAGCCAGCAGGUGUGGGCUCUUCACUCCAGUUGCCUUGAAGGGAAAUGUUUCCCCUUCUAAAACCAGUCGGACAGUGGGCUGAGGCGCCUGGGACCCGCCACGCUUUCAAAGUGCACCCCACCCCCGCCCCAGUAGCUCACUCUGCACACCAAAUAAGAUGGUCAUUGUGUAACCAAACCGACCUCAAUGCUGUGCCUUUUGGGGCAGACCCAUAUCCGCAGCUCCUGAGAGAUGCCUGUGAUGUGCUAGGGGGCCAUGUUACUGGCAGCAGGAGCUACCUACUGGGAAGAAUUCUGGGCCAGGAAGUGGGUAACAAAGGGAAAAAGGGUUGCCUACUGCGUUGUCAACGUCCCUCCCUGCCCUCAGCCAGGGUCUGCAACGUUUGUGCCAGACACUGUCUUUACAGACACCUCCCUGUCUCUUCGGGGUCCCAUGAGCUGUUGGAGAAGUGACCCUGUUUGGGGAUCCUGGUUGACUGGCCUUUGUCCCCUGCUGCCAGUCUCCAAACCCCAAUUUGGUGCCUUUUAUUUUACCGGUUACGUCAGUCCCAAAGUUGAAAUCUACAAAUCCUUUCCUCUCAGCCACUUUGCCUUCUUGUGUGUGUUUCCUGGUGCUGUGACCCCAGUGGUCUGUGUCACAAAGCACAUGUGUGUAGUGCGCCAGCGUGAGCCCCACUGGAGCAGUGCCAUUCACUCUGAGUCAAGUUCUCAUGUUUACCAAUAAAUAAAGUAGUUGGUUUUUA